AUGGAGAAGGACUCAGGGCAUUUCUGUUACGACCCCUACCCCACGGUGUCCAAGCAGAACACCAACAGCCUGAAGAGGGACGCGGAGAAGGCGAAGAAGGACGAGACGUCGUGCUGCUGCUUCGGCAAGAAGGCCAAGAAGAGGAGCAGGGCGUUCUUAGCCGGUUUAGCCACGAAUCUGGGUAUUUGUGUGCUCCUCUUCGGCUACACCCUCAUAGGCUCCGUGAUUUUCGUAGCUAUAGAGGGGGGCAACACCUACCAACACCAGAUCUUGGCCACCACGUCCCUCUCGACCAAUCUGAACAGCAACAGUAAGAAACACUUGAACCGCACUGCGGAACUGAAGGCCAAAGCGGACGAGGCCAGGGUGAAGACCGUGGAGAAUAUCUGGGAGAUCACCGUCAGCCUCAACAUCCUAUACAGGGAUAACUGGACCAGAUUGGCGGCGCAGGAGAUUACCAGGUUCCAGGACGAGUUGGUCAAGUCAAUGGCGGAGGAAAUGGCCCUGCAGCAGCCCCUUCAGGUCACCAAGGUGGGGGCAAAGCACGCCAAUGAAAACUACGAGUGGAGCUUCGCCAAGGCUUUUUUGUAUUCGCUGACUGUGCUGACCACUAUCGGUUAUGGCAGUAUAGCCCCCAAAACGGCCCUGGGGAAGGCGGUCACCAUGGGCUACGCCAUGCUGGGCAUCCCCCUCACUCUCCUCUACCUGUCCAGCGUGGGCAGCAUCCUCAGCAGGGUAGCCAGAGGGGUGUUCUCUAGGGCGUUGUGCUGCUGCCUGUGCUCCAACUGCGGUUACUGUUGUUACGACGAGAAGAGGAUGGCCGAGAAGGAGAAGAGGAUGAAGAAGAAGAGGCAACAGAUGGAACUGCAGCAGCAGCUUGGUCUCCAAGAGCCUUUCUACGUGCGCUCCAACUCCAACUACAGCAACAACCUGCACUCGCCGUGCAGGGACGGCGCCUCCGCCAAGGAGCUAGACAGCCUCAGCGGCACCGACAACGAAUCCAAGAGCUCCAUGCACGGCUGGUCCAUCCUAGCGCCCAUCCUGCUCUGCCUCUGCAUCAUGUUCUUGUACAUCUGCCUGGGGACGUUCGCCCUCUACAAACUGGAAGACUGGUCCCUUCUGGACGGCUUCUACUUCUGCUUCAUGAGCCUCACCACCAUAGGAUUCGGUGAUAUGGUGCCCGGGUCCGACCCCUUCCUCCACUACGAGUCCAACGCCACCAUAUGGUUCUGCUCCAUCUACAUCAUGUCCGGCAUGGCGCUCACCGCCAUGUGCUUCAAUGUGGUCCACGACGAAAUCGUCCAUAGAUUAAAGCACCAGGAGAAGACCAUCCCCAAGCUCAACUCCACCAGCUUCCCCGACGACCUGAACGUCAGCGACCCCUACAAUAUGACCUCAUGACAGUUCAACCCGCAGAAAAACAGCACC